AUGACAAGUUGGUUCGCUACUGGUCGCCCGGCUCUUUUUGAUGCCAUCAACAAUGCGUGUGACUUAAUUGAUCAGCAGAUUGCAUCAGAUCUUGAAAUAGUCAAGAAGGAACUUAACGAAGCUCUUCAGCAGCGGGAUGAUCACGCGUCUAGAGCGUCCGAGUUAGCGGAUGAAAACGCUAGAUUAAAGCAACAGCUACAGCAAGCAACAACCAAGACGGCAGAGAACGCACAGGCAUCAGCCCAGCGAAAAUCGACAGAGAGCAAAACAUCAGAAAAUGAACCAGACUGGAAGCUCGAGUGUGCCAAAGUUAGCCACAAGUUUAAGGCACUUUCGGCAAACUUCAAACAGGCAAAGGAUGCCUUAAGAAAAAGAAAAGAGGAGCGAGAUCGAUGGAUUAAUCAUGCGACGAUGCUGGAAAAAAGGAUAAAGUCAGCUGAGGACGAGCAUCGAAUCAGCAUCACAGAUCGUCAAAAUAGAAGCUCUCGAGCAACCACUCUCCCUGUGGCGAGGACAGAAGAUGCUGCUCCCAGUACCAGUACCAGUUUCACUUCGGAGGCUGGCCUCGAGCAAGCAGAUCUGGAACUUCCACCUCUGGCCGCAGCAUCUCUCCAUGCUGACAAUAACCAGCCUCUUCCCGACACAACAGCCGCCAACCCUAGCUCAGAUUCCACACAAAGCGAGGGGGAAUCGAGGCACCACGACGAGGAGCUACCAGAGCUACCACUUCAGGGUUACGUCUGCGAAGUGAAAAUUAAGCAAGAACCGACAUCCGACACACCACUUGUUGUGUCAGAAAGAGAAGUGCGAAAGAGGAAACGCAACGAUGCAGACCCCAAUGAAUCGCCAUUACAAAAAGUGAAAGUUGAGCCCAAUGAGCGAUCUUCGAGCCCCAUACAACCAUUAGGGCCUGCUACUCUCCUCGCACAAGAGAGUAUAGAUUUAGGAGACGUUGCACAGAGAUUGUUGACGCCCAGGAAACGACGGGAGCUAGAAGAGACUCAAAAAUUGGAACAAAUGCAUAGUGAAGCAUUUGCUACAGCCACGACCCCUAAGCCUCUCUUCGUUCGACCAGAUCAUGUACCUCAGACGGCUCGACCAAUUGAGCGAACCUCAGCACUCACGCCGUUGAGUGUAAAUCGAAGGGUGGUGCAGUCAACCCGAGAAAAACCAGACACUCCCCUCAACAAGGGGCUGGGACGUGGUAUCUCGACUUUGGCUGAAGAUGGCGAAGCCUACAGAAAGGACAAGGAUGCAAAUUCAACUCCUAGGGGGAGACUUGAUACAUUGUUGAACAGUCCUGCCGCCCAGAACUCACCUACUGGUCGACUUACCCCCAGAACGGCAUCAAGACCAAGCACAACCGCAGAAGACCUUGCAAUUCCAGGACGACGAGUAUUACCAUUUGAACAAGGGAGUCGAGCUAGAGACAGAACUCCCGCCCAACAGCUUAAUACUCCGAGUCGAACUACCGAUACAGGCGCUGCCUCCAAGUUUAUACCCCAGAAUAUGCGGUCUCCUUUGGGCUCGAAGGAAGGGGCUCUGCGACGCAAACCAAUAUCGGAACUACGCCCUGACGACUUCAAGAUCAAUCCCCAAGCCAAUGAGGGUCACGAUUUUGCUUUUUCUGAUGUGGUGCGCAACAGAAACGAGAGGUCUCGCAUGCAAGGCUGUACCGACAUGCACUGUUGCGGGAAGGAUUGGCGGGCCCUCGCUGUCUCUGAGCGUCCAAAUUCCCCUUUGACAGCUGCUCAGCGACAAGAGGAGCAGAAGUUGCUGGAGGAGUAUCUGGGUGAUUCUGCAUACCGCUUGGGAACCAUGGACAAGAAGGAAAGAGAUGAGUUGUGGGUUGAGGCCAAGACACAGGAGCUUGCCAAUAGAUAUGGGACGCACCGAUUCCACUACUCAAGAAUGCGAAGUCCUCCAGGCUUUUGGAACGCAGACUUUCCGAACACACAGGAGCUGGAGCAGGAGAGAUCAGAGGCUGCUCAGCGAGAAAAGCAGACGGUCCGAGACAGACACCGGGAGGCUAUGCGCCCUGGUGGUAGAUGGCUGUUCCGCGAUGAGUAG